CAGAAAGUGUCGAUCCUAAUCUAUUCCUAGUGUCCUCUUCGGUGUUUCCUCUUCGAUCAACAAUCACCACGAAACAAUGGCAAUGGCCUCGAUGCUCCUGAAGCGGUCCCGGCUCUCCAGGCUGUGCAAGGACAGCGUCAGAAAGUCCAUUGAUGUCUCCUCAUCAUCCCUAAGAUGGAGUAGUACUACCAAUCCUUCCAUCUCACAACGCCCGGGGUCUGACCAUGUCCGUUUUCCCGGUGCGGUAAAUAGCAAAUUCACCACAGACAUGUCUUUCGUCAAACCGGCUGAUAUGCCGGCUAUUCCCACCUACAGAGUCAUGGAUUCGGACGGCGUUGUGGUGGAUAAGAAUCGGCUACCGCUGGAUAUCCCGGAUCAGGAGGUGAUUACCUGGUACAAGAACAUGUUGACAGUCAGUAUCAUGGAUGUGAUCAUGUUCGAAGCACAAAGACAGGGUCGUUUGAGUUUCUACAUGGUCUCAGCAGGAGAAGAAGGCAUCGCCGUCGGUUCAGCGGCAGCUCUAUCCCCCGACGACGUCAUCUUCGCCCAAUACCGCGAAGCAGGAGUGUUCCAACAACGAGGAUUCACGCUCAAGGACUUCAUGAACCAGCUAUUUGCCAACAAGAACGACAACGGCAGGGGACGAAACAUGCCUGUUCACUACGGAUCCAGGUACCCACGUGCACACACCAUCUCCUCCCCCCUCGCAACCCAAAUCCCCCAAGCCACCGGCGCCGCCUAUGCCCUAAAACUCAAAUCCCUCCAAAACCCCAACAUCCCCCCGGCGAUAGUAGCCUGCUACUUUGGCGAAGGCGCCGCCAGCGAAGGCGACUUCCAUGCCGCGCUGAAUAUAGCCGCCACCCGCUCCUGCCCGGCGGUCUUCAUCUGCCGAAACAACGGGUACGCCAUCUCGACGCCAACGCUGGAGCAGUACCGGGGGGACGGCAUCGCAAGCCGAGGCAUCGGUUACGGGAUCGACACGAUCCGCGUGGACGGGAACGACAUCUUUGCCGUCCAUGAGGUGAUGAAAGAAGCGAGACGUCUUGCGUUGUCCGACGGUGGACGGCCGGUGCUGGUGGAGGCUAUGAGUUAUCGGGUAUCGCAUCAUAGUACGAGUGAUGAUAGCUUUGCAUAUCGGGCGCGCGUCGAGGUGGAGGAUUGGAAGCGAAGGGAUAAUCCCAUUGUGCGGCUGAGAAAGUGGAUGGAGAAUGAAGGGUUGUGGAAUGAGGAUCUGGAGCAGGAGACUAGGGAUGCGUUGCGGAAGACUGUGCUGAAAGAAUUCGGGGAUGCCGAGAGGGAGAAGAAGCCUCGUCUCCGUGAGGCGUUUACAGAUGUCUAUGAGAAUUUGACUGAGGAGGCUGAGGAGCAGAUUCAAGAGCUAAGGAGGAUCUUGGAGACUUAUCCUGACGAGUAUGAUCUUCGUCAGUAUGAAGGUGGUAUAAAGGGGUUAUAGAUAUAUAUUGCUUGUUCGAAUUCUACGAGACUGCAAGAGAUAGAUAUUUUUG